AGGAGCAAGCAGAGUUAGAAGCCGGACAAAAGAACUUAUAGAGCCCUUAUAUACAUAUUUUCCUAAUGUUUUAGAGCGCGCGGUGCGGUGAAAAGCAGUUGCGGUGCGCGCGGAUGGACUUGUCAGUGUAGUUAUGGAACCCCCUUUAAGCAAGAGGAACCCGGCGAUAAGAUUAGCGGAUUUGGCAGCGACUCAACCCCUUCCUCAUCAGAAUAUGACAGGCUUCCCGGGGCUAGGGGGGCAUCACCCUCUCUCCCACCAUGCCCACCUCCACCCUGGGGAGCUGGGCAACGACCCCGGAGUGGCACUCACUCCAUUUGGACCAGAGCACAUGGCACAGACAAAUGCUCUCAAACUUAGCCCAUCUCAGCACAUUCAGAGCCAUCCCGAAGCCCAGACCGCGGCGUCCUUCACUUCUGCUCAGACCACAGUUGGUUUCCCCGUGGCUCACCCCCACUCAGGCUACUCAAGCAGCAGGGACUUCAUCCUCAGGAGAGAACUCUCAGCCUCUGCUAUGCAUGCACUUGGCGACCAGCAUAGUUCCGCCUCCUCCCCUCAUCACCAUGGCAUGUUCAUCUCCCCAACAGGUGCUUAUGGGCACGCGGAAAGUGGGGCCCAUUCACUUUUCACUGGACUUCACGACCAGGCGUCCCCAGGUGCCCACCACCAUGCCCUCAACGGGCAGAUGCGCCUGGGUAUACCGGGGGACAUCUACGGCAGGCCGGAGCACUUCGGGCACAGGCCGGAGCACUAUGGACCGUCUUCCCUCCACAGCUACAACUCCAUGAACCUCAAUGUGAACAUCGCUUCUGCUCCUCACGGAGCCGCGGGGGCGUUUUUGAGAUACAUGCGGCAGCCCAUCAAGCAGGAGCUCAUCUGCAAGUGGAUCGACCAGGAGCAGAGUCAGAAGAAGCCCUGCUCGAAGACGUACAGCACCAUGCACGAGCUGGUCAACCACGUCACGGUGGAGCACGUCGGGGGACCGGAGCAGAGCACCCACGUCUGCUUCUGGGAGGAAUGUCCGCGGGAAGGAAAGGCUUUCAAGGCGAAGUACAAACUGAUCAAUCACAUCCGAGUUCACACGGGGGAGAAGCCCUUUCCGUGCCCCUUUCCCGGCUGCGGAAAAGUGUUCGCGCGAUCGGAAAAUCUCAAGAUUCACAAGAGAACUCACACAGGGGAGAAACCUUUCAAGUGCGAGUUUGACGGCUGCGAUCGAAAAUUCGCCAACAGCAGCGACCGGAAGAAGCACUCUCACGUCCACACCAGCGACAAGCCUUACUACUGCAAAGUGCGCGGCUGCGACAAGUCCUACACGCACCCGAGCUCUCUGCGGAAACACAUGAAAGUGCACUGCAAGUCCCCGCCGCCCCCUUCCACCAACGUCAACUACAUCUCUUCCAGCAACCCCCUCGGGGACCCCCUGUCCCCCGGCUCCGACGCGCACAGGAGCCGCUCGGCGAACCUCUCCCCUCAGGUCACCAACCUCAACGAGUGGUACGUGUGCCAGGGGAGCGGGGGGCCCAACCACCUCCACACCCCCUCCAGCGACGUGCCAACGUCGGACUCAGACGACGAGGACUCUUUCAGAAGCUCAGACCCGAGGACAAUGCUCUGAUGCCCCUGUUUACGACCACGUGACUGUCAAAGUUGUCAUGGAGUUGACCCAUUAAAGGGCGCAGAGCCAUGCGUGGGACAGCUCGUUUCUUUUACUGUAGUCAUACUAAAACGACUGUGCUAAAAAUAAAAAAACAGACAUGCAUUGAUGC